AUGCGUGGAUUCCUGUUACUUUGCCUUGUUGUCUCCGUUUCGACGGCCAAGUUGGGUUACAAUUACCAAGCUGCUGCCGGCGACCGUCGUUUUGCGGGACUCAUUGAUGCAGAGGCCACUGGAUUUAGUUCCACGCCCAUUCAGCAACAGCAACAGCAGCAGUUGGUGCAACAGCAGGAGUCGCAACAACAGAUUCCCGCGGCAGCGGAUGAGUUCAGCAAGGAGUUCUACACAUAUGCCGCCCCGGAGGAUGAGUUUGCGGACCGCGAGGCCACCGAGCACAUUGCCAGCAUGCUGAAGCGGAAUCUGCGAGUGCUGUUCAUCAAGUCGCCUGAACACCAGGGCCUCACCAACGCCGCCCUCCAGUUGGCCAAGCAGGCCAGUGAGCAGCGAACGGCCAUCUAUGUGCUAAGCAAGCAGGCGGAUGUGGGCCAACUGGCCCAGCGUUUGGCCAGCGAGAACCAGGCCCAGAGUCACAAGCCCGAGGUGCACUUCGUCAAGUACCGCACUCCCGAGGAUGCUGUGCGCGCCCAGCAGCUCAUCCAGCAGCAGUUCGACUCCCUGGGCGGCAGCUCUCGCAGUUCGGAUGAGGGCGUAGCCCCUGUCCUCGACUUCAGCUCGGCACCGGCUGCCAUCAAUGUCCAGGAGCAGAAUGAGGCACAAAAUCAGGUCCAGGCUGUCACGCCGCUCACCAAGUAUUUGCCAUCCGCAUUGCUGCGCAGCAAAUAGUUUCAUACCUAUUUUAUUAAAUCCCCUAACUUAAGUGCUAGUUUUAGAGAUCUAGAAAUACAAAGAAUAUUACAGAAAAAAACAGAA